UUCCAGUAUACACCUCAUCCACCUAUACACACACACAUACUAUUAUAUACUCUUUCUCAUAAAUUCUCUCUCCUCUUAACUUUCUCUCUCUUGCUGUACAGCACCAGUCAUAUUCUCUGAAGAACACUUGUGACUUAUUCCCGGAUUCAUGUCGCAGGAGAAGGGUCAACCAUUGCCUAAGUUUGGUGAGUGGGAUGUCAAUGACCCAGCUUCAGCAGAGGGAUUCACGGUGAUCUUCAACAAGGCCCGAAAUGAGAAAAAAACAGGUGGCAAUCCAGAAUCACCUUCAAAGGCUGAUUCCAAUACAAAGCAAGCUGCAGACCCGUUCAAACCUCAAGCUAAAAAAUGGUUUUGCUGCAUGCAAAGCCCCCAUGCAGAAUCCUGACAAGGUUAUCUAUCUGCCCGCGUCGAAUAUUGAAUUCAUAUUCAUAACAAACUCCAGAACUCCCUUUGUGUUGGCGCUGGAGACAGAGGAAUUGCUCAAGUCACUUUUUGUCUUGUAAACUUGUGAUAGUGGGGAGAAUAUGAAAAACGACAUGUUUGAUGUACCUAUGUGAUGUAUUUGUAUUUUACAUUUAGCAGACAAGUUUUCGAUUGCUUUCAUAUACGUGUGGUUAGCACAUCUCAACUAUUAUUAUUCUGAUAAUUUCAUCACAAUCA